AUGGUCUGCCAGGGCAGUGUGACGCUGCUCAAAAUCACAAGAUACGCAUCACAGGUCUGUUGUAUCGAUUUCGUGAGCGGGCGAUACAGUGGAGGAAUGACUUACAUGGCGAAUCUUGUAGAGAAGGCGAUUUUCGGCAAUGCAGACCUAGUGGGUCGUGAUCACAGUCCGGCGAACUUCGUGAUGCAAGGCCUCAGUGAAUCGGGAGGACUAGUGGGGGAAAUGCCAGAGACCCAUUUGCAGGAUUUUGGCUUGUGGGCCCCAUGGACCGAGGCGAAGACGGUCAUCUUUCCUUUCUCCUUUCCUUUGUUUGACUGA